CGCGUCCUGGCAGCAGAUGCCGCUGCGCGCGCAGGGAGCGCACGGUUCCUCAGUCUGAUCAGCCUCCUCUCACCGACACUGAAGACAAGGAUGCGAUCUCGCUCUGAAGCUUUAUGCCGCUCCCGGAUGCUGUUUUGGAUGCGCCUCUGACUUUGAAGCCUGUAGGUUAUGACCUCUUCCAGGCAGCUACAUUAAUCGGUGACUUUGCUCACUUGCAGCGUUGUUUUUCUUGCCGCUGCUCCGUGAGCCUCACAACAUGCAUAACUUAUGCGCCGUUAUCGUCCUGUGCUGUGCGCUUUUUCCGCGGGGCUCCGCUGCGCCAAAAGCUUCAGCCGCAAAUAUCACAUCACCAGUUGAGAGCAACGAGGAGCGAAAUGACAAGCUGCAGGAGGAGCUAGACGGCCAGGAGAGCAUCCUCUCCAAGCUGCUGGGUGAUUAUGACAAAGUGAAAGCCCUGUCGGAAGGCUCUGACUGUCGGUGUAAAUGUGUUGUCAGACCCCUGAGCAGGAGCGCCUGCCGGCGGAUAGACGACGGGAGCGCCACUGCGCAGGACUUCUACACCGUGGAGACUAUCACAUCUGGCCCGGAGUGCAAGUGCGCCUGCAUCGCUCCUCCGUCGGCGGUCAACCCAUGCGAGGGGGAGUUCAGGCUGAAGAAACUCGUGGACGCUGGGAAGGAGAAUGUUAAGCUGUCGACCAUCCUCGAGCUGCUGGAGGGAUCCUUUUAUGGCAUGGACCUGCUGAAGCUGCACUCCCUCACCAGCAAGCUCCUGGAUCGCGUGGAUCACAUUGAAAAGGCGGUGUCUCUGGCCCGCACCACGGCGGAGGCGAAGCCCCAGGAGAGCCCUCGGGUUCCGACAGACGUGACUGAAGCGGCACCCGCGGCCUCGCCCCGACAGCAUCCUGACAAGAGGAGGCCCGGUGAGGCAGCAGCAGGUGAAAGGCCAGAGGGAAAGUAUGAGAAGAACUCACCUGUCGUAGCAACAGAUGGUUCUGAUCAGAUCAUUGAGGUCAAAGCGCUGGUGCCUGUCAGAAACGUGGCCAGCGAUGAGGCUCUGCAGUCAUCGAGAACGGGUCCCAACGGCAUGAUCGUCAGAGGAAUGACCUUCUAUAAAUCUGAGCCGGAUCCCAUGGUGGCGGACGACGGGGAGCCUGGAGAGAACUUCUUUGAGUAUCAUGGAUUCAGCGGCGACGGCCCCAUCAACCUCUUCAUUGAGGAGAACCUCCUACAACACAAAGCGCCCCGCCCCAGAACCAGGUACCGACCAAAGACGCCGACGCCCUUGCACGAGGCCAAGAAGAGCAGCCAGUCUGCAAAGUCCAAAGACGCCGAGUUCCCAGGAGGUCAAAACGAGGUCAUUAGUGAAAGUAGGGAAGCGGUGGCUGCGUCUGCGUUGGUUCAGAGUGACAGGAAGAGAGUCACACCCGGUCCGACGGUGUCUGGUCCAAAGGACUACGCUGCAGGUGAGCGAGUCAGCAAGUGGCCGGUCCACAUGAUGGACGAGCCGCCCGGCACCUCACGAUUCAGCGCUGGUGAAGAAACCACCACGGCUGCAGCUCAGAGCAGCCACAGCUCCUUCAAGUCAACCACAGGGAAACCCCUCCACUCGACAGGAGCUCCACCGACAACCACAGGCAGCCCAGCAGCUGGACCAGGCUCACCGGCACCAGGUCCAAACACAGCUGGGAGCCCAGCAGCUGGACCAGGCUCACCGGCACCAGGUCCAACCACAGGCAGCACAGCAGCGCUCCCAGCGGCCGUCACCACAUCCUCCGCUCACACUCACUCCACAGCAGCUGCCACAACGUCUACCUCCAGCCACGCCGCUGCCGGGUCGCCGGGGGGAGGAACCGGAGCCACUCUGCCCACUCUGCCCACCGCUGCCCCCCAGACUACCUCCACAGCUCCCAGCAGCAGCUCCACCGCCGCCACCACUGUCACCACCACUACCAGGCAGGUCUCUCAAGCCAAGCGCAAGUACAGAAUCAGCUGGGACGAGGCAGAUGUGGACGAUCGACAGCUGGAACUAGAUGAGCCGACGCGAAGGCAGGAGAAAGGCCUUCCUAAAAAACCUGAGGAGUGUAAGGACACGUUGGCAACCAUCUCCGAGCCAGUAACUCACAACACCUACGGCCGGAGCGAGGGAGCGUGGAUGAAGGACCCCAAGUCUGACCACGACAAGAUCUACGUGACGAACUUCUACUACGGAAACAACCUCUUGGAGUUUCGCAACCUGGAGGUGUUCAAGCAAGGACGUUUCACCAACUCCUACAAGCUUCCGUACAACUGGAUCGGCACCGGCCACGUGGUCUACGACGGGGCCUUCUACUACAACCGCGCCUUCUCCCGCGACAUCAUCAAGUUUGACCUGCACCACCGCUACGUGGCCGCCUGGACCCUGCUGCACGACGCCCUCUUCGAGGAGUCCUCGUCGCCGUGGGAGUGGCGCAGUCACUCCGGCAUCGACUUCGCCGUGGACGAGAGCGGGCUGUGGAUCAUCUACCCGGCCCUGGACGACGAGGGCUUCCUGCAGGAGGUGAUCGUGCUAAGCCGGCUCAACCCCUCGGACCUCGGCAUGCAGAGGGAGACCACGUGGAGGACGGGGCUCCGGAGGAAUCGCUACGGCAACUGCUUCGUCGUGUGCGGCGUCCUGUACGCUGUUGACAGCUACAACCAGCAACACGCCAACCUGGAAUACGCCUUCGACACGCACACAAACACUCAGAUGAUUCCCAGGAUGCCCUUCACCAACAACUACACCUACACCACACAGAUUGACUACAAUCCUAAAGAGGGGGUUCUGUAUGCGUGGGACAAUGGACACCAAGUCACAUACAAUAUUAAGUUUGCAUAUGUAGACCCUUAGUAAAUGUUGGAGUAGAUGUGUAAACUCUGCUUUGAAUGGAUUGUAGAUCAGUCCACAUGGUCAAUGAAGGGGAACCAAAUGUACAUAAAUAUAGUUUAGCAUAUUGUGCUUAUGUCAUCAUGUUUUAUCUGAAUAAACAAAAAUAUGACACA